GAUGGCAGCGGCAGCUGGGACUGCAGCGACGCCGGGCCCCGGAGAGCCGCAAGCGGCGGCCGGAGCGCUCAGCCGAACACCGGGACCCCAGACGCCGCGGACACCAGGAGGCAGUUCCGGCGCCCUGACGCCUCCCUCGACCCCGAGCGCACCCCUAACUCCCACUGCAGAGGAGUCGCAGCGGGAGCUUCCCUCGGCCCACUCAGGACCAGCCAUGAGCCGGCGUGUGGUUCGGCAGAGCAAGUUCCGCCAUGUGUUUGGGCAGGCAGCAAAGGCUGACCAGUCCUAUGAGGAUAUCCGUGUGUCCAAAGUCACGUGGGACAGCUCCUUCUGUGCCGUCAACCCCAAAUUCCUGGCCAUUAUUGUGGAGGCUGGAGGUGGAGGUGCCUUCAUUGUCCUGCCUCUGGCCAAGACAGGACGAGUGGAUAAGAACUACCCACUGGUCACUGGGCACACUGCUCCAGUGCUGGACAUUGAUUGGUGCCCACAUAAUGACAACGUCAUUGCCAGUGCCUCAGACGACACCACGGUCAUGGUGUGGCAGAUUCCAGACUAUACCCCUAUGCGCAACAUUACAGAACCCAUUAUUACACUCGAGGGCCACUCCAAACGUGUGGGCAUCCUCUGCUGGCACCCCACUGCCCGGAAUGUUCUGCUCAGUGCAGGUGGUGACAAUGUGAUCAUCAUCUGGAAUGUGGGCACUGGGGAGGUGCUCCUGAGUCUAGACGACAUGCACCCGGACGUCAUCCACAGCGUGUGCUGGAACAGCAAUGGUAGCCUGCUAGCCACCACCUGCAAGGACAAGACCCUGCGCAUUAUCGACCCCCGCAAGGGCCAGGUGGUGGCGGAGCGAGCCCGGCCUCACGAGGGCGCCCGCCCGCUGCGGGCCGUCUUCACUGCAGACGGGAAGCUACUCAGCACCGGCUUCAGCAGGAUGAGUGAGCGGCAACUCGCCCUCUGGGACCCGGAGAGGUUUGCGGCCCACGAGGGAAUGAGGCCUAUGCGGGCCGUCUUCACACGCCAGGGUCAUAUCUUCACUACGGGCUUCACCCGCAUGAGCCAGCGAGAGCUGGGCCUGUGGGACCCGAACAAUUUCGAGGAGCCAGUGGCCCUGCAGGAGAUGGACACAAGCAACGGGGUCCUACUGCCCUUCUACGAUCCCGACUCCAGCAUCGUCUACCUCUGCGGCAAGGGCGACAGCAGUAUUCGGUACUUUGAGAUUACCGACGAACCACCUUUUGUGCAUUACCUGAACACGUUCAGCAGCAAGGAGCCUCAGAGGGGCAUGGGUUUCAUGCCCAAGCGGGGCUUGGAAGUCAACAAGUGUGAGAUCGCCCGGUUCUACAAGUUGCACGAAAGAAAAUGUGAGCCCAUCGUCAUGACUGUGCCCCGCAAGUCAGACUUGUUCCAGGACGACCUAUACCCCGAUACGCCGGGCCCCGAGCCGGCCCUAGAAGCGGACGAAUGGCUAUCUGGCCAGGACGCCGACCCCGUACUCAUUUCGUUGAGGGACGGUUACGUGCCUCCCAAGCACCGCGAGCUCCGGGUCACCAAGCGCAAUAUUCUGGACGCGCGCCCUCCCUCCGGCCCCCGCCGCAGCCAGUCGGCCAGUGACGCCCCCUUGUCGCAGCAGCACACUCUAGAGACUCUGCUGGAGGAGAUCAAGGCCCUUCGCGAGCAGGUGCAGGCCCAGGAGCAGCGCAUCACGGCCCUGGAGAACAUGCUGUGCGAGCUGGUGGACGGCACAGACUAGUGCAGCGCGCGGGGGGGAAGCUCCGCACCCCGGGGAGCCCUGCCGGCCGGGAGCACCCUCGGCCCCGCCCCAGCUCUCGGUCUGGAACUCCGGACCAGGGCAGGGGGGCGGGACUGGGAAGGGAACUCCGCCCCUCGCGGGAGUCCUGGACAAAUAGAGCAUCGCAGAGACUCGAGUCGCCUGGCACCCGCCGGGCUAUGUGCCUCUUCCGAGACUCAGCAGGAGCUGGCCUUGGGAAACCCGGGGUGACGGGGACUUCAGCAAUGGUGCUGCACGGCGAAGCGGUGUUCUCUCUGUCUCCCGGCCAGAGCAGGGGAAGUGCUUAGUAUUAGCGCUAUUCUUGGGGAUAUCAGGGAACUUGGGCUUGACCUCAGAGGGGUGGCAGCGAUUCAACUGGGGGCUAAGUUACAGCGCUUCUCCUUCUAAUCAGCUCUCGAUUCCAUUACCCUAAAUGGUAAAACGAAUGGGCGUCACACUAGCUCUGCAGACAUACACAACCUGUUGGCUGUAGAGCCGAAUCCACCGUCUACACCCAGCAGUCUGUGGCAGAGGUCUCUCUUCCUUUUUUUCACCCGCAGGGGAGAGGGCGGCUGCCUCACUGCACCCCCGCCGGAGAACUAAUCAGAAAACUGGCAUGGAAGCAGGUUCACACCCUCCUUCACGUCACCCCC